AUGACAGACUUGGUUGCGGACAUGGCAAGAAAUACUGUGGACGGCCGCACUGCCCCAGAUCAGCAGCCGAGGAGACGGUCGACAUAUGAGAGGCUGGCGAAUGCGGCCUCCACGUUUCGACCAAUCCAGCCCAAGCAAUCAGCGCAAUCAGCUAUUGAAGAGGUUUCGCGACGAGAACAAGCAGAAGCAAUUGUGAAGGCCUUGCCCAAGCUACGUCGACGAGGGCCCCAGCCACGACAGAGAAUACCACAGCGUAACGGCGUCUCGAGCACAGGAGGUCUUGCCGGGCAGCUUAUCCGGCCACAAGAGACGGCAGGAUAUGCACACUUAGCUGGAGAGUCGUCGCCAAGGCUACUAGUUCAGACUGCUUGUGAAGAAGCAGAUCAGCGGCAACGGAGAGACGAGGCCACGGACCGGAAGCAGCCCCAUCGGCAGGGGAAAAGAAGUCGCCAUCCUGGACGAGACGAAACUCCAAGGAAGCGAAAUCGAGGUGGAACUCGAGGCCAGAGGAGACAGGAAUUUCAGACCGAGGACUUGGCAAGCGUGUUGCGCUACUUGGAGGAGGAAUUUGCCAUGAAGGCGAGGUUGUCUCACGAGAAAACGUGGUGUACGCCAAUACCGCACGAGAGAAAGGUAUCGACUGUGCGAGACUUCUACAAGGCGUUCCAUGAUGCGAGCACGUUGCCGACACAGACCUGCAUGCUUUGCUACCGCAAGCGCACGAAGAGAGAGUUAAGGCAAGUCAACUGGGAAAGAUGGUCAUCUGACGACGUCCAGGGGGUUGAUGGCUCGGUAUUUUCUUGUCCGGCCUGCUUUUCUAUAGGUGAGAGCGUUCCAGUCUGUGCGGAAUGUGUACGUUGCUUUGAGAGGGGCGGCCUGUCGCCAGCGGCCAAACUGCACAGCCGACUUGGGUGUGAGCACGUGUUCCCCGAUGAGCUGAAGGGUCUGACACCGAUCGAAGAGAAGCUCAUCGGGUUGAACUCGUGUUACGGGCACGUCAGGGGCCACAUCACGGUGUUCCCGAACAAUGUACAGGAGCUAGUAACAAAAGUGCUCCCCCAUCCGCUUGUGCAGGUCAUGGACGAGAUUCACAUCUCGUGGCAGGGCGCGGAAAGGCCGGGGCCGAGCGAUCUUUCGAGCCUCUUAUCCGUGAGGCGCCAAGUCGUCGAGAGAGCCCUCUCCUGGCUAAAGAAGAAUAACCACCAUUAUGAGGAUGUUGAGAUUGACAUGGCGGAGAUGGAGAGUUGGGGAUCCUCGCCGCAUGGCGUGCCACCUGUCGUGUACGACCGCAUGGAGCCGAACGAGCCAUCCGCGUGGGAGAGAUCGCGAACGGCGCAGGUUGUGCCACCAGCGGAGCGGGCUAUGGACGAUGAGAGCCCGGCAGAGAUUGAGGAAAUUCUCACUCAACUCUACCAAGGACAGGAUGCGACAGAUAGCCAAAGUCGAGAACAUGACGGGAUCAGAGGGGGCGAGACCGACGCUCGCGGUGAUGCUGGUUCCGGCCCCGACGGUAAGGUGAAAAAAAUCAACGAGGUAACCUCUUCUGCGUUGUUUUUGUUGGAGGGACCGCCGGUCGUGUCUGAUGCGGAGAAGCUCCGCUUUGCCUGGCAUGCCGUGGGUGGCGGCCGUGAAGAGAAUGACCGUCCGGGGCCGAAGGUGUGGAUAAAGUCAGCGGAGUCGCGGCAAGGUGGAGAUGCCAGUGAGCCGUACAUUCACGUUUGUCGUGGAGACGAGUUCGCCGACUCGCUGGACGCCUGGUUCUUCGCAAAGACGUUUCCCACCUUAUUUCCGUUCGGAUUUGGGGGACCACGGCUGGCGGAGGAAGCCAUCAUAAGGCCGGAAACGGCGGCCAAUUCGUGUGGUACGGCUACCAGGGCGGAGACGGCGGUGCGAGACCUCUUAUCGUCUCGGAAUAUGAGCCUUCGGACAUGGGCUGGUGUCGUGCUGCGGCGCCAUGGUGGGCGAUUUGCGACACAUAAUGUCUUCUCGUUUCUUGUGUUUAACAUGGGUGUGCGAUCGAGGAAUCGCCGCAUAAGCAUGCUCAGCGCGACGAGAAAGAAUUUCCGCAAGGUAGAAUGCAUUGUGCAGUCACUGACAAUAGACAGAUUGGUGGCGGCCAGAGCAGAAUUGGAGAGUUCGGGAAAGACUACCGACGUUGGGGUGAAGGAGCUCCUGAGAUGCUGCUCUCUGUACGGCUAUCGGCAACCCAUGUCGAGGGAGCUUCGCCUGAGCAUGCGACGCAAGAUCCAGUCACUCAUUGUGUAUCGUGGCAUACCUGCAAUCUGGUUUACAUUAAACCCCAACGAUAUCACGAACCCGGUGAAGCUCAGGCUGGCAGCAUACCGUACCCGAGAUCCUAAAGAGGCCGAAGCCUUUUUAACGAGUCUCGACGCCGCGUAUAAACGUACGAGGCUGGCCAUCUCGGACCCCCUGAGCUCAGCCGAAUUCUUCCAUCGGGAAAUGACUUUAUUCUUCGAACAUUACGUGAAAGUGGGGGAAGAAUCGGUCUUUGGCCGCAUCAGCCACUAUUAUGGCGCUGUGGAGACCAACGAGCGGGGAGCGCUCCAUGUUCAUGGACUGCUCUGGCUGCAUGGAAACGCCUAUCAGAGCUCGAUGCUUGGUGACAUUCAAGGUGAGGAUCAAGAGACAUACCGAGAACGUAUCGUCAAAUACGUUGACAGUGUCUUUUCCGAGGAUCUUGAUGAGGAAGGUUUCUGUGCAAUUCAGGCAGAGCGGUCGAUAACAUCAGACAUCUCCCAGCUGCUGCGAGAUAAUCAGCGAUUUUCAGCCUCAUUCGAUGAGGAAGCAAAUUUCUGCGCUGGGGCGACUCAGAUUCACACCCAUAGUCCAACCUGUGUCAAGUAUCCGAUGGCCAAAGGCAAGCAUAACGGCAGUCUGUGUCGUUUCAAGGCGCCGUGGGGACUGGUGGACAAGACAGCCUUUACGGGAGACGGGGUGCUGCGGAUUCGGAGGUCGCACAGCAUGGUAAAUCGGUGGAACAAGGCCAUUGCCGUGGGGCUCCGUCACAACCAUGACAUAUCCUUUAUCGCCACACAGCGCAAGACCAUGGCCCUCGUGUUUUACGUCACCAAUUAUGCGACCAAGGUAGAGGACCCUGCCCGUGGAGACGAUAUGGCUGGCGACGACAACCGGCAGAAUAAGACGCGGCAGUUCUUGAUGAAGGUGGCCAACCGGGUAUUUACGGAGAGGCCGUUAUCGCAGGUCGAGGUUGUCGCGGACCUCCUGGGAUACCCAACUGAGCUAACGAACAACAGUGCUUGGGCGUUCCUGAACGUAUCGGUGCUCUACUGGCAGGUCUUCAGACAAUGGCCACACCUACGAGCAGAAAGCGGCGCGGCUACGGCGGAAGGUUCCGUAGAUGAGUCCAUACUUGUCGAAGAAGCAGGCCAAAGAAUCUGCCGCGUCGAAGCAUAUUGUCACCGGGGAGAUGCUCUACGAAGGUUGUGCCUCUACGACUAUGUUUCCCUGGUCAUGCUGAAACGCAUCGAUGGGAAUAAAAGGCAGGUCAUCUGGGGGGAAGUACCGUUCGAGAGCGGGUGGGCUCCAGGAAGACGUUGGGUGCAGGUGCUUAGACGACCGGGCAAGCAGGCUAUCGUCUGCCUUGACGGUUAUUUGAGCAAGGAUUUUGACGAUGACGACGAAGGUUCUUGUCAUCGAAGGGCCGCUGUGCAGCAUCUUGCGUUGUUCGUGCCAUGGCAGUCUUUCGUAGACGAGGAAAGCGGCGAUAUCAACUGCAUAUGGGCUCGGGCACGGGCGGCCCUGACCCCGAGAAUAUCAUGUUUCGUUGAUAACGUGCAAUUAUUGCGACGAUCCGCCGAGGAUGCAAAGCGGGAUGCCAAGCAGUGGGCAGCCACAUCAAGUGACGGUGACUUUACCGCAGUGCAUCCCGAGGAGGAUGGCGCCGAGCAGGCUGGCGAAUACCAUGGAUCAGUAUACCAGGCGGACAGAACCGGAAAUACAAUGCGUUUAGUCGACGUCGUCAGAAGCGCGAUCGGGAUGAACCAAAUCACGACCGGUUCCUCGGAGAUCACAGCAAUGAUGCAGGAACUUAGCCACUUUCAGCAAUCACCGCUGUCAUCGUCUUAUGAACUCCAGUCCACAAUAAUACCCGAGCCAGGACCAAGACGGAUAAACAUACCGGGGCGGGCAUUCUCCGGAGCCACCAUACCACUGCAGACUCAAGUUCGGGCCAUAAAGUCGCAGCAAAUCUGUGCGUCCAGGGAAAAGGAGAAGAUGAUACAGGGUAUACAAAGCGCGGCGGUGCAGGGCGAGCUCAUGGGGAUCGGGGAAGACGAUAUCCAAAUGACGGGAACGGAUUUUGAGCAAACGGCAGCGGAGGCAAGUACGGGAAUGCAGAUCCGAUUUGGCGCCUCAACCUCCUUCCUUGAGGCGGGUAAGACCUUGGUCGCGCGGCUCACGCUGAACAAGAGGCAGGCGAUCGCCCUUCUCAUUAUAUGCCGCCAGCUGGAUCUAAUAAGAUGCAGCGAGAAGGAUAAGACAGGUCAGUUGUGCCAGUUCAUCGGUGGGGAGGGCGGGACCGGCAAGUCGCGAGUUAUCCAGGCGCUCGUCGAGUUGUUCAAGUCAAAGGAGCAACCAAACCGUGUAUUGAUAACGGCGACGUCUGGGACUGCAGCGGCACGGAUCGACGGCAUCACAAUCCACUCCGCCUGCGGGUUCUCAAAAGACGUCGCGACAGCUGCCCACAUGGCCAAGAAUGUCGACGGUGUGCGAUUGCCAAAACAGGCGGAGCGAUUCGUCGACGGCCAGUCUCGGAUGGACUGGCAAGACAAGGAUGUGCUAGUCAUCGACGAGGUGAGCAUGCUCGGGGCGCGGACGCUGCACGCGGUGAAUGAGAAGCUCUGCAAGCUGCGCGGGUCGCAGCAGGAUUUCGGAGGGAUCCCCAUCGUACUCUUCUGCGGAGACUUUCUCCAGUUCCGGCCGGUCCAGGAGCGAUCCAUCCUCCUCCCAAGCACGGCCGUCUCGUGGGACGUAGACAACUCGUUCAAGGCCGAGCAACGGCACCAGCAUGACAAGGCGCACGCGCUGUGGAAGAAAUUCACGACCGUCAUCAUGCUGGACGAGCAAGUGCGCGCCGCGGGAGACCCGGAAUUGCAGCGGCUGCUAAAGAGGAUCCGACUCGGUGUGCAGGAUCACACGGACUUGGACCUUCUUAAUUCAAGGUGCUACCAGGAGGGGAGGCGGAUCCCGUGGGAGACGGGCAUUACCGUGGUAACGCCGCUCAACAGAAACCGUUGGAACCUCAAUAUGGAGGCGAGUUUGGCGUUCCGGAUCCAGCAGCGGUCGACGAUGCGCAUUUUCAUGUCCGAGCACAAGUGGAAGGGCGGACUGCCGACGGAGGAAGAGGCCACCAUGAUGCUGAACCAGGGUGAUGACAGUGCGAUACCGGUACCAGCCGUCUUCAUCUGGUGA